CUCCGGCUGUCGGCGUGAAUGCAGCCCCAAUCGCUCCUUCCAAGGUCCAGGUCUCUCAUUAGGACUGUCAAGGGCCUUCAUUUAUCCUCUACUCGAUUUGCCCGGUCCUACGCGAAAGAACGGACUCCACGUCAAAAUACCGGCACUCGACUGGUAUCUUCAUCUUCAUCACCCGGAGAACCUUCAUCGCUGCAGGAACCUCCAAAGAAUCCAUCCCAAGACCCUCCGCCUCCAGAAAAACCAGAGCGACCAUCUAGACGUAAAACUAACAGCAGCACCGCGGCACCCGCACCACCCAUCGAAUCCGUUGACCUUCCACCAGGCUUGGAUAUUUUAUGGACCCCAACAGAGCUGCCAGAUGGUGAAUCUAUGAAUGCAGCUUGUUUACCUCCCCCAGAAAUCCUAGAGGAGGCUCUGAAUAAUCUGCAUAUCACCCUUCAUCCACAAACACAGAAUCGUGCUGUAUAUGCAUCUCCUCAAGGACCACCCACGGAACCUACCCUUGCACUUUAUUGUCCAAUAGAAGGAGGUGACUAUGUGGUCGAUGCCACCGUGAAGGAACUAGCACGUAGGACUGGUUCUGAAGUCGUUGUUCUUGAUGCAGUACAGCUCGCAGCAGGAGAAUGGGGCGACUUUGGCAAAGCUGCAAACUUUCUUCAGUUACCGAAGAAUCCGCUACACUUUCGUGCUUCAAUGGCAUCAUCUUCCCGUCCUACUAUGGCCGAGGAAGAAGACGACGACGACGCUGGCCCAUUUUCGUCUGGGCAAAUGACGGUUACACUCAUGUCUCCUUCCAGUGCUCGGGGCUCAGCGGUAGUGUCCAGUUCAAAAACCAUCCCGCCGAACAAAACAAAGAUGUUCUUCGAUGCCCUCGUAAACAUACCUUCCGACCAGCCUACUUCCACCCCUCGAAUCAUUUAUGUUCGCGAUUUCCCCACAUUGGCACCGACUUCAUCUACUUGGUACCGUCCUCUUCUAACUGCUGUCCGUCAACGUAGACGCGGUCCAAUAUCAUCCCCUUCAUCACCUAUAUGCAACCCGAUGACUAUCAUAUUCGGUAUCACACCACCAAUAACACCUCCUGAAGUCCUUGUGCCACCUUCCUCUCCAAGCCCAAAUAUUCUGAGUCUACUAAUGAACCGCAACCCUUCUGCCUCGUUGGUGACCUCUGCCCCCAAACCCGGUCGGACAGAUUGGAGUGAGGAUGAAGUCGCAGACAAGGCUAGGGAGGCUCGACUGCGCCGACGACUGAAAAAAUGGGAAAAAGGUGACGCUUCUAUUCUCGAAGAACUUCCAACAUUGGUCAAUGAAGAUAACAAUGACUCGGAUUCGAAGAGACCUGAGGUCAUCGUUCUUGGGGGUAACAUGUCAAUACCUUUACCCGGUCUUCAGCCCCUGUCAAACCGAAGCAAUUCAGACUCUGCGGACACCAGAUCGCCAUUUUUCCGGACUUCGAUCCUCGUUCCCAGUGUUCGUUCAAUUCCAGACGAACGGGAUUGCCGAAUAGCGCGGAGAAGGGAGAUCAACGAAUUGACGAUACGCAUGGCGAUAGGAGCCAUAGGUGGCGCUCUGGAUGCUGAAGGGGCUGAGAGUCACCUACUAAGAGAGACAGAGAAAAACGAGGACGAAGACAAUAAGGUGGACGCAGAAAAAUCUGAUCUGGAGUCUAUGAUUGAUCACGAACAAAUGUGGGAUGACUGGGGAAAACGGGUGGAGUUAUGGAUGACUGUCCGGCAUAUUGCUGACCGUGCUGUUGGAAGCGUCGUAGCUGACCGUUCAGCAGCCGCUCAGAGCGAGAGACCAUCACUGGAGCCUACAUCCGUCUCCUGGGACGCAGUUGCCCGUGCUUGGUCUGGUCACCGGCUGUCCAGGAAUCUCCGGAAAUCUUGGAUGAAAGACGCCCUUCCCGUUACCCGAACGAAAAAUGACCAAGAUGAGGAUGAAGACGAACCAGAUCAAGAGGAGAAGCCAGAGUCCAUCGACGAAGUGGUGGAUAGGCUGAAAAACGAUCCUGAUCUUGAUGGACAUGAACAGCGUUUGUUACCAUGCAUUGUCAAUACAGCUGCAAUGCCUACAACUUUCAGCCAGGUUCACCUUCCGACAAAUACAAUCGACUCUGUACGGACUAUUGUGUCUCUUCCAUUACUGCACCCGGAAGCCUUCCAGCAAGGCAUCUUGAAAGAGCAUACCAUCACUGGCUGUCUGCUAUUUGGACCUCCGGGAACGGGUAAGACUCUUGUUGUUCGAGCGCUAGCCAAGGAAGCUGGUUGCCGCAUGAUGGCUAUAUCGCCUUCGGAUGUCAUGGACAUGUACGUUGGAGAAGGCGAGAAACUUGUCAGGGCUGUUUUCUCCCUUGCUCGAAAGCUGUCACCUUGUGUUGUUUUCCUAGACGAAAUUGAUGCUCUUCUCGGCGCUCGUUCGUCAGGUCGAGAUAGCGGCAGUUCUAUCGCUUACCGUGGCGUUAUAACGGAGUUCAUGCAGGAAAUGGAUGGUUUGAAAACGUUGAAGGACUCUAACGUUAUUGUUAUCGGUGCUACAAACCGUCCGUUUGAUUUAGAUGACGCCGUUUUACGCCGUCUACCGCGUCGUUUGCUCGUGGACCUGCCAGGUGAAAAGGAGCGGGAAGAGAUACUAAAAAUCUUGCUGAGACACGAGACGCUAGAUCCUGAUGUUGACAUCAAGGAUCUGGCGAAACGAACGGAGAGUUUUUCUGGAUCUGACUUGAAGCAUUUAUGUGUUUCUGCCGCUGUCGACGCUGUCAAGGAGCACGUUGAAUUGCCGUGGUUGGUAUCAGCGAAAGCUGACCAACCAGUCGACAAUUCAGGUGCUCCAGUUGACGUAAAGUUGGCUGAAACGACUACAUCAAAGGUUAAGCGGAGAAAGAAAUCUGAUCCUCAAGAAACAUCGGCAUUAGCAUUUGAGGAGAGCGGUUCAGAGCCUGCAGAGACCAACAAUCCGGAGAGUGAGGAGAGCAAGUUGGAGUCGGCAGAGACCAUACCUGCAGGAGAGGAGACUAUCAUACGGACGUUAUCUUAUCGCCAUUUUGCCAAGGCCCUCAAGGAGAUUACGCCAUCUUCUUCUGAAGCCACAGGGACGCUGGCAGCUCUACGCAAGUGGAAUGAAGAAUUUGGAGAAGGACGGCGAGAUCGCAAGCGACGGCAGAUAUGGGGCAAGGGCCGCUUUGGCUUCACUGAUCCCGCCAACUUCGUGGAGGAGGAUGGCAGAGUUCUUCCUACUAACGCUCUUUCAAAGUCAUCUGGAAGUACGGGGAGUGAUUAAUUAGGAGUAUUGUAUCGGAUUAUUUGACGUCUAUCAUGAUAUCACUAGAAACACCAUACUUAAAUACGCCGUACCAUACAAAGCACAUUUAUC